GAUAACGGCCCGCAGGUUGUGUUCGGAUAAAUUUCUACGGUGCAAAUGUCUUACUCACUUUUCCGGCCACUAUAAGAGUAGCAGAUGAGAUGGCCUCGGUUUUGUCUCUGAGAGCCCUUUCUUCAAUCUCUUCCUUCACCCUCACUGCUACUCCGUUUCUGCGACCUCCAAUUUCCUCUACCAACGCCGUCAGAUCCAAGUUACAAUUCCAUUACUUCUUGCAAAAAUCAUUUGAUAUUGAUAAGGGAAGGUGGACGGUAAGCAAACGCCGUUACCGACGAUGGGCAUCUUCCACCGAGCACGUAGGUGAGCAGUCCGACACUACUCGAGAAGCAGACGAAGAAGGAGAGGAGCAGAUAUCUAGGGCAACUUUAAUAUGGAGAGCGAUCAAGUUGCCUAUUUACACUGUUGCUCUUGUUCCCCUCACUGUGGGUACAGCAGCUGCAUAUUUGCAAGCAGGCUUAUUUUCUGCCAGACGUUAUUUUGUGCUGCUGUUUUCAUCAGUUCUAAUCAUCACUUGGCUCAAUUUAAGCAAUGAUGUUUAUGAUUUUGACACGGGGGCAGAUAAGAACAAGAAAGAAUCUGUUGUGAACAUUGUUGGCAGUCGUACAGGGACACUUAUCACUGCCUAUGCAUUACUUAUUUUUGGCUUCAUGGGACUAGCCUGGGCAUCUGCAGAAGCUGGAAAUAUACGGUCCAUAUUACUAUUGGCUUGUGCUAUUAUUUGCGGUUAUGUUUAUCAGUGUCCACCAUUUCGGCUGAGUUACCAGGGAUUGGGAGAGCCUUUGUGCUUUUCAGCUUUUGGUCCAUUUGCAACUUCUGCUUUCUACUUAAUGCAGAGUAGGAGAAGUGAGAUGCACCAUCUUCCCUUAACUGGCACAGUUCUAUCUGCAUCGCUCCUUGUGGGCUUCACAACAUCCAUGAUUCUUUUCUGCAGUCAUUUUCACCAGGUUGCUGGAGAUUUAUCUGUUGGAAAGAUGUCUCCUCUGGUAAGGAUUGGCAAUAGAACAGGAUCAAGGGUGGUGAAAGUUGCAAUUGGGACUCUCUAUUUCCUUCUGUUUGUGCUGUGUCUGAGCAAAGCCCUUCCUUUAACGUGCCUUUUUCUCUGUGCUCUCACCCUGCCCAUUGGAAAACUUGUAGUUCGCUAUGUUGAAGAAAACCACAACGAUUAUGCCAAGAUCUUCAUGGCCAAAUAUUAUUGUGUAAGAUUGCAUGCUUUAUUUGGAGUUGCAUUGGCUGCUGGGCUGGUGUGUGCUAGAACUGUGACUGGAAAAUAUGUACCAAAGCCAUUGUUUCCUUGACAUUGUCAUGCAGCUUGGCCUUCAAAUCUGGAACCUGCGAUCUGAGGGUCACUAAUUUCAAGGAUAAGAAGGGAUCAGUAUGGAAGCACUUACUGAGAGACCUCUGUUAUUGGGUACAUGUUGGAUGAUGUACUGAGAGAAGAGAACAGGAAUAGACUAGUGAUUUCAAUGCUCCAUCCCUCUGUAGUUUUUAUUAAACAGAGUGGCUCCUAUUCAAAGAUGCAUCUUCCUUCUUUGAUCCAAUGGUAAAACACUUCUCUGGUGAAGUCGGUAACUUUGAGCCCUCAGAAAAUCCUUUGGUAAGCCAGAUUACCAGUAGUGCUCGUGGAGCACCCACCCUGGGAAGCCUCAGUUGUGCUUUAUAACUAGUGGUUAUUAACCACUCAAUUUAUUGUAAAAUGAGUUCAGUUGUGAUCAAUAUGCAAAUGGUUGGUGUGGUGUAAUGGAGACUUGAACUCUGUUCUUGUUAUUUUGUUUUAGAAAUGUAUAUUGAACACAAUUCCAAUCCAUCAAUAAGGUUUUCAGGCGCUGUUUCGAUGAA